AUGUUGCGAUUUUUACUAGUAAAUUCGGUUCUGAUUUUACUCAUUCACUCUGCACAUUUACAGUCAUCCAAUUCCAACUACAAUAAUGACGUCCAGAAGCAUAUCAGGGAAGGAAAAGAGCACUUUGAGCAGGCAGCUGAAUCACUUGUAGAUAACAUGCUCAAUUCUAUGGACAAUCAAAAUAUGCGAAAUCCUGCAAUGAGAGAUAGAUUAAAGGAUCUUGCUGAGGAACUUCGUCCUUACCUUGAGACCAAAGCGAACAUGAAGAGCGAACAGGAGCUAGGUGAUCUCGAUCAAGCUCUAAUGGAAGCUCAGAAUCAGAUGUCUCAACUAUCUGGUACGGAGCGAUAUAAUAAGGAAGCGGAAAUUGCUAAAAUUCGUGAUGAAAUCAAUAGGGUUCGAUAUGAGCUGAAAGAACGCCUCCAAAAAAUUAUGGAAGACAGGAAAAACGGCGUAGUUAUGCAGAAAAGAGAUUCGCUGUUGCCUAAUAUGACGGGUGCAUCGUCAUGGCAGACAGCUACUUGGAUACUCUUAGCCCUUUCUAUACUCCUUACAGUUGCUAUUAUUGCUAUGCUCAUGUAUCAGAUGUCUAAGAAGAGGGAAUAUGAGCGUCUCAUGGGAACAAGGUCGAUGUAA